GAUAUGUACCUGGCACCCGCGCAGUUUAGCAAAAUGCCGAAUGGCGGGAAAGCGGCUCACGAAAUCCCGACCUUCCUCAGAAACAACUGAUAGCCAUUCACAAUUCGCAGACUACAUUCGCCGGAAUUGUAAGCCGACAGACGGGCAGAAGGGGCCAUUUUUGGUCGCCGUCGUCUCUAUUACCCGGCCAAAGCAAAAAAUGAACCUGUAAACCGCAAAGGAGGUGGAGAAAAGGUCUGGUGCCGAAGAACGAGUACAGUAUCUCAUUCGAGCAUCCUCAGUUUCAGGAAGCCGCCAUGGACAAAUACUUGGUGCCUUCCGAAUCAAUAUCUCAAGUUCCUAAACCGUUGAGGAGGAAUAGGUGGAAAUUGAGCACCGUUGAAUUGAAUGGGAAGUUUGAUCCGAAAUAUCGCCAGGACUUGUCCGUGCUUCUUGUGCAAUCUUAUACCGAGGUUGGUGCAUUUCCUCAUUUAUAUCAUAUAAACGGCGUUUCUUGUCCAACGAGUAUGAAUCGAAUUGCCAAUGGAGCUCAGGAUCAUCAACUGCCGUUUAAGAAACAAGGCAUAUCUGAUGUGGACUUUGACAACAAGGGAAUAUACUUGGUUUCAGCAACGAAAGCAGGUUGUUUAACAGUGCAUGACUUUGAGAGUCUUUAUUUGCAGACUAAUGAAGCAGGCUUGAGUGAAGAUGAGACCAAACAUUUACUGCACCUUUCCCUAAAUGAACAGCUUGACUUUGUACGUUGGAAUCCUGCCAAUCAAGAUGAGGUGGUCUGUACGUCCAUGAAAAGUAAGGAACUAAAGAUCUUUGACAUUAGUUAUAUUUCUUCCAAACCAGUCGAAGUGUUGAGAGUAAGACAAAGAAUUAAUAAUUCAGGGUCUGAUAAUCAUAAAGGUUUAUCUGACAUAGCAUUUAUUUCAAAUAAUGCAAGGUUACUUGCAUCUGAUACAUGUGGUGUAAUCAGUAUGUGGGACAGAAGAAUUGGAAAACUUCCAUGUCUUGAGCUAACUAGUAAUUCAUGCAGUACCCUUAACAGAAUCCAGCUGAAUGAUGAAAACCAGAUUAUCUUUGGCGCUGGUAAGCAUGGAGUUAUCUAUAUUUGGGAUCUUCGUGGAGGGAGAACAUCUGGUGCUUUUCAAAAUCAUAAAGAGGUAUGCCAUCCUCCUCUAAAAUCAUUGAAGUUAGCCUCAAUUAUAGAGAAAAUUGGGACUUUGAAGGAGCAAGCGAAUAUCAUUCCGAAGGAAAUACACUCUAUUGAUCUCAACCCAGCUUGUCCUUAUCAGUUGGCCUUUCAUCUUGACGACGGAUGGUCAGGCAUUUUAGAUGUUUAUAAUUUUCAGGUCACACAUAUUCAUUGCCCGCCCCCAGCAUGGUUAAAUGAUUCCAACAUGCCCACAGAUCAAUUAUUGUUGAGAAAACCAUCAUGGCUGCCUACAGAUUCUAUCUAUUCAGUUGGGUCUCCUUCUGAUGAAGGCAUUCAUCUUCUGGAUUUUCAUCCCGACGUCCGCUCUCCCAGCCAUGUGAACUUUAAUGAUGAGAUAUAUGGUGCUGGAGGAGAAAACAAAAGACGACAGAACAGGUUUGUGAAGUUGUCUGAAGGAGUUACUUCUUGUGCUGCUCACCCCCUCAAUGGCACCAUCAUAGCUGGAACCAAGAAUUCAUCUUUGAUCAUGAUUUCCCAGAAGAACCGAUCAUGUUAGAAGCCAGAGUUCCCAUUUGAGGCCGCUUUUAAGUUCAAUGGAAAAAGUGGUAAAGGCCGUUUCUAUCGAGUAAUCAAAAAAUGGCUUGGGAACUCAGGUGGGUUAGUGAUGGUCCGUUGCUUUGCUUUUUAUGCUCUUCCAAACACAUUGUAUAUGAAUAUCAUAUCUAUUAACACCAGAUCAUAACAAGUUUAGUGGUUUAUUUUCUUGUGUUUUUUUAACACUUGUUCGUUAUAUCAAUAUGUUGUUUAGAUCA